AAAAGGAAAAAGAUCGCCUGGAAGAUUCAUGUUCUAGCACAAGAUAGACAAUCGCUGACGCAAGUGACUUGUGAAUCAAAGAUUGAAAGUCGCAGGCCUUAUCGCUCAUUGUUGUGUCGCCAGAGGGGCAAUACCGCCUUUAUUGCUAGUCCUUUCCAACGUCUCGGUACCGUUCGUUUGUAAAUACCGACCUUUUCUUGUUCACACACUUCCGUCACCUAUGAUCAACACCGAUUGUUGCCAGUAGCAAUGAUCUCUACACCGAGAUUAACGCUUUACGCCAUGUUGACAAUUUCACUCGCGUUCUGGUUAAUACCAGGCAAGCCCAGUCUAGGGUUUGCCUUCGCCGAUGCGGAACCUGCCUUGGCAACGAAUCUUCACCGUCGCCUUCCCACGGACGAUAGCACAACUCGCCUCGGAGAAGCCUUCCGUUUCGUUACCGACUUUGUCUUUACGCGGCACUCUCUCGCGUUCACCGGUGAACAGCAGGGUCUACGGGUGAUCGGCGCGGGUUUCCCACGAACAGGCACCAAGUCGCAGGAAGCUGCCUUGCACUCACUCGGGCACCGAAUUUAUGAUUUGCGGUCCAUUCUGGAAAACCGGCACGCCCAACGAUGGGUUGAUGCCGCAAAAGCAUGGAAGCAACGGGGUGACUUACAGCCCAGCCACAAGCUUUUGCAGGAAAUGGAACAUGCAGGAUACACGGCCACAUUGGAUUUUCCAAUGAACCUAUUCGCGUUGGCUUUUGCAGAAUUACGACCGCAAGCCAAAGUAAUCUUUUCAGUGCGAGAUAAUGAGGAAAAGUGGGUGGAAUCAUGGGCGUACAUUACCAAAGUCCUCGGCCAUUUUACCACCCGGCCUUGGAGUUGGAUUAUUCCGCGCUUUGAUUUCGCCGCCGAGUUACUACUCAUACUACAAGAUUUUACAUGGUGGGCCGGAGAGCACCAGAGCAAUGUAGAUCGGCCACUUCCAUGGUUUGAAAUUUUGCGCACAAACCCAAUGUUGGAUUCUCCAGAAGGGAGGCAAGAAUGGAUCGAACUGCACAGACGCUUCCAAAGGGAGUUGGAAGAAAGCCUACCUCCUGACCGCUUACUGGUUUACAACGUCAAGCAAGGGUGGGCACCGCUGAUUCCAUUUUUGGGUCUGGACGACAGUCUAAUGGAAGUAGACUUUCCCAAUGUCAAUGAUCGGAAGAGUAUUCAGGUUGUUCGAAAUGCCAUGGAUAUCAUUGGAGCAGGCCUGCCUCUAUGGAUUUUGGCCAUUCUUUUUAUGGCAUACCGAACUCUUGGUCUUGUUGGUUUCAGCAAACGAACCAAAGCUAAGACAACAUAA